GCGGAAAUAGCGCCGGCAGCCGCCAGAGCAGCUGUAACUGCCACCGCAAUGCCGAAGGGCCCCAAGCAGCAGGCACCGGAGCCCGAGUGGAUCGGGGACGGAGAGACUACGAGCCCCCCAGACAAAGUGGUCAAGAAAGGGAAGAAGGACAAGAAGACCAAGAAGACGUUCUUUGAAGAGUUGGCAGUAGAAGAUAAACAGGUGGGGGAAGAGGAGAAAGUUCUCAGGGAGAAGGAGCAGCAGCAGCAGCAGCAGCAGCAGCAAAAAAAGAAGCGAGACACUCGAAAAGGCAGACGGAAGAAGGAUGUGGAUGAUGACGGGGAGGAGAAAGAGCUCAUGGAGCGUCUUAAGAAGCUGUCCGUGCCCGCCAGUGACGAGGAGGACGAGGCUCCUGCCCCGAUACCUCGAGGUGGGAGGAAGAACAAGGGCGGUAACGUGUUCGCAGCCCUGAUCCAGGGUCAGAGUGAGGACGAGGAAGAGGAGGAAAAGCCCCCUCCUAAGCCUGCCAAGCCCGAGAAGAAUCGGAUCAAUAAGGCCGUGUGUGAGGAGCAGCAGCCUGGGCUCAAGGGCAGAAAGGGGAAGGAAGAGAAGUCAAAAGGGAAGGCAAAGCCUCCAAAUAAAUUUGCCGCCCUGGACAGUGAAGAGGAGGACGAAGAAGAAGCAGUGAAAGAAAAGCCUCUCAAACAAGGGAAGGAGAAGGCCAAGAAGGCAGAGCAGGGUUCAGGGGAAGAAGGAGAAGACGAGGAGGAAGAGGGGGAGUCUAAGGCGGAUGACCCCUAUGCUCACCUCAGCAAGAAGGAGAAGAAGAAGCUGAAGAAACAGAUGGACUUCGAGCGCCAGGUGGCCUCGUUAAAAGCAGCCAAUGCUGCCGAAAACGACUUCUCCGUGUCCCAGGCAGAGGUGUCUUCCCGCCAGGCCAUGUUAGAAAAUGCGUCUGACAUCAAGCUGGAGAAGUUCAGCAUCUCGGCCCACGGCAAGGAGUUAUUCGUCAACGCAGACCUGUACAUCGUAGCCGGCCGCCGCUACGGGCUGGUGGGACCCAACGGCAAGGGCAAGACCACGCUCCUCAAACACAUCGCCAACCGCGCCCUGAGCAUCCCUCCCAACAUCGACGUGCUGCUGUGCGAGCAGGAGGUGGUAGCGGAUGAGACGCCAGCGGGGCAGGCCGUGCUUCGAGCCGACACCAAGCGGCUGAAGCUGCUGGAAGAGGAGCGCCGGCUUCAGGGACGUCUGGAGCAGGGGGACGACACAGCUGCCGAGAGGCUGGAGAAGGUGUAUGAGGAACUGCGGGCCACCGGGGCGGCGGCUGCAGAGGCCAAAGCCCGACGGAUCCUGGCUGGUCUGGGCUUCGACCCCGAGAUGCAGAACCGGCCCACACAGAAGUUCUCCGGGGGCUGGCGCAUGCGCGUCUCCCUGGCUAGGGCACUGUUCAUGGAGCCCACGCUGCUGAUGCUGGACGAACCCACCAACCACCUGGACCUCAAUGCCGUCAUCUGGCUCAAUAACUACCUCCAGGGCUGGCGGAAGACGCUGCUGAUCGUCUCCCACGACCAGGGCUUUCUGGAUGACGUGUGCACCGAUAUCAUCCACCUCGACGCCCAGCGGCUCCAUUACUACCGGGGCAAUUACAUGACCUUCAAGAAGAUGUACCAGCAGAAGCAGAAGGAGCUGCUGAAGCAGUACGAGAAGCAGGAGAAGAAGCUGAAGGAGCUGAAGGCGGGCGGCAAGUCCACCAAGCAGGCGGAAAAGCAGACCAAGGAAGCCCUGACUCGAAAGCAGCAGAAAUGCCGGCGAAAAAACCAGGAUGAGGAAUCCCAAGAGGCCCCCGAGCUCCUGAAGCGCCCCAAGGAGUACACUGUGCGCUUCACCUUCCCGAACCCACCGCCGCUCAGCCCUCCCGUGCUGGGGCUGCACGGUGUGACGUUCGGCUACGAGGGGCAGAAAACGCUCUUCAAGAACCUGGACUUAAAAUCGGCUUCUUCAACCAGCAGUACGCCGAGCAGCUGCACAUGGAGGAGACGCCCACCGAGUACCUGCAGCGGAGCUUCAACCUGCCCUACCAGGACUCCCGCAAGUGCCUGGGCCGCUUCGGCCUGGAGAGCCACGCCCACACCAUCCAGAUCUGCAAACUCUCUGGUGGCCAGAAAGCCCGCGUUGUGUUUGCAGAGCUGGCCUGUCGGGAGCCCGACGUCCUCAUCUUGGAUGAGCCAACGAACAACCUGGACAUCGAGUCCAUCGACGCGCUGGGGGAGGCCAUCAACGAGUACAAGGGGGCUGUGAUCGUCGUCAGCCACGACGCCCGGCUCAUCACGGAGACCAACUGCCAGCUGUGGGUGGUGGAGGAGCAGAGCGUCAGCCAGAUCGACGGCGACUUCGAGGACUACAAGCGGGAGGUGCUGGAGGCUCUGGGCGAGGUCAUGGUCAACCGGCCCCGAGAGUGAGCGCGCCUUCCUGGCCGCGGAGUCUCCUGAGAGAGAAGCUUGUGUGGCCUAGAAGUCCCCGCCGCCGCCCUUUCCCCGCCUGGAGCUGCCCCGGGUCUGCGGCCAGCCUGGCCCCCGUGGCACAGGAGCACGGGCCGCUGCCUGGCCUCUGGGGACCGCUUGGGUCGCUGCUUGGAAACAUCGUGUGUCCCAGUUCCCUUCAACUAACUGAGCUGCCCUCUCCUUGACUGCCCUCUAGCCAGGGGACCUUGGGGGUUCAUCCAGCCAGGGCACGUGCCGACUGUCUCGGGGCUGGUCACUCGGAAGCCCGAGGCGGCGGCCUGGCUUCGCCCACGCUGGUUCUCCGAGGGAGCCCCCUCCCUGGUGGACUCCAUGCUGACCUGCUGAUAGGAGCAGUCGCAGCUCAGCUGGAGACGGGUCCGGGCCUGUGCUGCUCAGCCCGAGUCGGGGGUCCAUGGUCUGGUCGGGGCCUCGGGGCAGGACAGGAAAGCUGCUGAACUGGAGCCCUCUGCGGGAAUAAAGGAGUGGGACUGCCA